AUGCAAUCACUUUCAGAAACAAAAAAGAGGAUACAUGAACAAUCUUACGCCUAAAAAGUAUCCCAUCUUAUAACUCCUGAUAAGUCUCAUACUAAAUUAAAUUAAUCUCUUUUCAAUGCCAACAUAGUAGCAAAAUAGUCUUGCUCUUUAAUUAAAGAUGUUCACAAAGAUGUUUAAUUGACCAUCAAAAAGUAUGAUGAAUUCUUAAAACUUGUGCAUAAUAAUACCAAAAUUCCUGAUACAAUUACAAGUUCUCCAUCAAUUAUCAAACCUCAUUUGAUUGAGGAGACCCAAGUACAAAAAGAUGAUGACUAAGGUCUACUUAGUCAAUUCAAUAGAUAUGAUAGUGCCCAUAACAUAAGAAGACAAUCUCUUCCGUUAGAACGAUCUGAACUGAGAUUAUCAAGCCUUAAAGUUAAAGAAGAUCUCUUCCCCGCAGAAGACAUCAGUCCUAUCAAAUAAUAAAAUAAUAGUAAUUUUAUAUAUCGACGAAACUCUUCUUAAAACCUUACUUCCCCUCCUCCUAAUUAAACUUAAUUGUCAAUGCUCUCAGAUCAUUAUGGAAGUUAUGCUAAAAUACAUUUGCGUAAAUCUCCAACAUCUCCAAAAAUUGAAAUUAAGCAAUAGGAACAGUCGAAGUCCCCUCCUAAUAUCGCUAAAAGAAAUUAAGAAUGGAAAUAAAGACUAUAAGAGAAGAUUAAUGUUGAGUAAAAAAGAAAGAGUGAAAAAGAAAUUAAAGAUUGUACUUUUAAACCAAAAUUAAAUGAAACAAAAACAAGUGAGAAAUCUAAAAUAAAAAUAAUACAUAAAAGCAGGAAAAGUAUAAAUAACAGUUAAAAUCCUGAGGUGAAAGAAAUAAUGCACAUUAUUGCAGACUUAAAUUAAUUUAGUAAAUAAUUGAAAAAAAGAUUAUGA